AUGCAGGAGGACGGGACCACUUCGUCGGCUGAAAGUGCUGUCCUGAGGACGAAUGCAGGAGCGUCUUCGGACGCUGAAAACCGUGAGAUCGUAGCCGUUGCCCCGGGCGACAUUUACGUCAAACGAUUGCGUGAAUGGGCUCUGGACUUCAAUAUUGCACACGCUCCCAUAAGAGUUCUGUUGGCUAUUUCUAAGCCGAUUGUGCCCCAACUACCGGCAGACCCCAGAACACUCUUGGGAGCGGCCUAUGAUCUAAAGGUUGCCCCAAUGGGUAGCGGUGAGUAUGUGCACGUCGGCUUAUAAAGGCAACUACGUAGACUUAUAAGAAAGAAUAUAGUAAACCCAGCUUGCGAUAUAGAGAUUCAGUUGGCCAUCGAUGGUCUCCCAGUAUUUAGAAAAUCAAACACCGAAAUGUGGCCAAUCUUAGGCACAAUUUCGCGGCCCAUUGUCAGUAACGUUUUUCCAGUUGGCAUUUACUGUGGUACUGGAAAACCGUCAGAUGUCCAUGCAUUCUGUAAGUUAGUAGUUAGUGAGUUAACAUCAGUAAGCGAACAAGGGAUCAACAGCAGCGACAGCGUCGGACUGCAGACCCGCGUUCGCGUCAGCUGUGUUAUCUGUGACGCUCCUGCGAGGGCCUUCGUUAAGCAAAUCAAGAACGUGAAUGCGUAUAAUGGGUGCGAACGUUGUACAUUAACGGGUGUUUAUAUGGGUAAAGUAGUGUACCUAGAGAAAGGAGAGAGGGAUAGGACGGAUGAGGACUUCUUGCACUCUGUGGAGGACGAACACAGAGUCGGAGUGUCUCCAUUCGUCUCUUGCAAGGUAGGCCUUAUUUCCCAAUUUCCUCUAGAUCCAAUGCAUCUAAUUUACUUGGGCGUAUUGAAACGCUUGCUAAGUUUGUGGGUUAGAAAUCAUCGUUCAAAGGACAGUGGUCGCACGACGCCCUCGUUACUGAAGGCACUGCAGGUGAAGGCUAUAGACGAUAGGUUGCGUUCUUUAAAUGCAUGCCUUCCAUCAGAAUUUUCCCAAACAGCUAGGUGUUUAAGUGAUUUCGAGUCCUGGAAGACUACGGAGUUUAGGUAGUUUGUAUUGUAUCUAGGUCUCGUUGUUCUCCCGGGUAUCCUGCCUUUUAAUCAUUAUAAGCUGCAUUUACUGCUUUUUACUGCCCUUAGAUUGCUGGCCUCCCCUAAGACAUGUGACCGAAACGUAGGUUAUUGUAAGCAGUUGUUAUAGUGUUUACUAGAAAGUUUUCGAGUCUAUAUGGUGACGAGCACAUGGUUUACAAUGUGCAUAGCCUAAUGCACAUUGCGGACGAUGUUGAGCGUCACGGUCCACUGGACUCAUUUUCGUCGUUCCCUUUUGAAAGCUAUUUAGGCCCGUCAAGGCCUUUACAACGGCUAGCUAUGCGUUUAAGCGAGGAGGAGGUAGCUACGCACAAUACCUCAAGGCCUUCUUCACCUAGAUUCCUUCAUGAGCAUAAUGAAGGACCAAUACCUGCAGGCUGUGAGGGCAGUAGGCAAUAAAAAUGUCUAAUCACAGAUAGAUAUCGUAUUGAUAUUACCUCAGGCAAUAGGUGCAUAGAAAUUGGCAAUAGAAUAGUAUGUGUUAAAAACAUACUAUGCGAUGCAGGUGGAUGUAUACAUUUAGUCUUUCAUGAAUUUAGCAAUAUUUCAGAUUACUUUGACUAUCCUAAGAAUUCCUCCCUUAUGAAAGUUUAUAAAGCCAGCAUAGAUAACAAGUUAGUCUGCUCACCAUUACCGAAUGAUUACAUUAAGUACGUAUGCAUUCCAGAAGAUAACCAAUACGUAUUAAUUGAAAUUAUAUAGAGAUUUAGGGAAGCCACUUACGAUCCCUUUUGCCUAUGCAAACAGUGCUCGUGAACCAUACAAACGCGCAGGUAUUAUAGCUACUUAGUGGUUUGCGAGCGCUGUAGGGAAGAAGUGGCCAUUAUGCAAGCACUUAAUUCACCUUAUUUCCUGUGCGUUUGUAGAUACUAUCAUGAGCCAACUUCGGACACGCCAACUGCCAGCCCGACAAAGGAGGUCUGCGAUCGAUGAGGCGAUCUACCUGCUGGAAGGUGAAGGCAUAUCAUCGCCAGUAAGUUAUGGAAAAUAACGUUGUUAUACCUUUCAGGAGCCGCAGGUGGACGCCGAUGAUUCUUUCGACACUAUCCCCCUGGGUGACGACACAUUGACAACAGUGCCGAAAGUGAAUGAGCAGGAAGAUAUCCUGCUGCUUAUGUACAAACACAUGCGCGCACAGUCGAUGAAACUUGACAUUCUAGUGGAGACAGUCCGCAAAUUAAUCGGCCGUCAGCGGCUGUUAGAAUCAAUGAUUCUACAGCAUGCUAAAACCUCGGGACCGGUAGCUUCUCAGCUGCCGACGAACCCGCUUGACCACCAAUUACGGUCGGCAGCCGAUUUUCGUAAUUUGAAUGUCCGAUUACUGGACAAGAGCUUCAGACAGCAGCUGGUAUGCAACCAUAUUAAUCACACCCUAUUGCGUUAGACUUCCUUCCUAACAUGCCUACGUGGGCAUAAUAUUGACGAAUUCGUCAAGCGCAUUUUCUUCGCUGUAUUCGAUGAUGAAAUCAGCCUAUAUGUUAAUUUCAAAGGAAGCAAGACGAAAGAGAGCCUCAGCGGUUCCAAACUGUAUGAGGUUAUACUUGGUAAGUCUGCCGUUACUUACAACUAUACAACAUGCAGAAGUCUUCGGAGCGUGGAAUACCGAUUCCACCGUAAAGCUCUCUGACCUUGAGUCGGCACUUACCAAGCGCCUGAAAAGGUCGCUCGAAAGUUGUGUCCAGCGUAAGAAUAAGUCACAACUGACGCCAAAUGACAGUGGUAAAUUAAUUGUCGUUUUUCAGUAAUGGAUUUUAACUUCUAGACAAUAUACCCGGAUCAUCUACUGAUUCCUCGCCUGCGUUAACUAUGUGA